AUGAACAGCUUUACAUGCCUUCAAAGCUCCCGUCGAGCCCUCUACAGGGUCUUCGUUCAGCAUGAGGGUCUCCUCACACGACAGUUCCAACCUCCGCGAGCCCUACCUAUACAGAACCGCUUCUUCUCCGCAUCGCAAGUGAAAGCGCGGAAUAAAAAAUCGAAGAAACGCGAAGAUGAAAAUGAGGUAGAUCUGUUUGCUGAUGAGGGCCAAGACCGAGGUUUCGAUCGACGAUACACUACCCAGGAGGAGUUUGAAAAGUCUGGUCGCGAUCGCCUCCCCCAAGAUUUCGAGAUCACGGACCCAAAGAUCAUGGUUCUCGAUAAUGGUGUAUUCGAUGGACCUCUUCUCACGAAAAACGUGAUGAGCCGACUGCCUGAGACAGAUUCACUUCGCAUGGUGACACCCUACAUCCCAGGUGAUCCAAAGAAGGACAAGCCAACCCAGUAUGCUAUCUGCAAGAUUGUCAACAAGAAGGAAGAAUACGAGCGUCAGCGUGAAUUAGCCCAACGCCGGCGUUUGUCCAAGCAGACCACACCCAAGCUUAAGGAAGUCGAGAUGAGCUGGGCCAUCAGCGAGCAUGACCUUGGGGUCAAGACACAGCAGCUGGUUGGGUUCCUCAGCAAGGGUAUGAAGGUGGAGCUCAUUCUGGGGUUCAAGAAGAGGGGGCAGAAGAAACGGACGUCUGAGGAUACCACAGAGGAAGUCUACACCAAGGUGAACAAGCUGAUUGAGCAACUAGGCUCGAGAGAGUACAAGCCAAGAGAUGGAGAGGUUGGGAAGACGAUGAGGAUUUACCUCGAGGGAAUCACAAAACAGGCCCGUGAGACACUACAGGUGAAAGAAGAAUCACCAGAGGUCGACGCUCAAAAGGAUGCGUAA